UGUCGCGUUUUCCCGGACGUCUCUCCACAAAACCCGCCACCAAAUGGGGCUUCUUUCCGGAAAAUCCGGGAGGGCGGUCUGGAGGAAGCGCACCCCUCCUUACGUCACAGCUGCCGCAGCUACCCCAGCCUGGCAUGUGGAAGACUGAGGUCUGUUGAAAGUGCAGAGCUCAGCCCUGGCACCUUCUGUCCGCAAGAGCUCCAUGCAGGUGCCACAGGAUGGAGAAGACCUUGCUGGCCAACCCUGGUACCACGGCCUCCUGUCCCGCCAGAAGGCUGAAGCUCUUCUUCAGCAAGAUGGCGACUUCCUGGUUCGUGCCUCUGGGUCCCGUGGGGGCCACCCCGUGAUCUCCUGCCGCUGGCGGGGCUCAGCCCUCCAUUUUGAGGUGCUCCGUGUGGCCCUGCGUCCCCGGCCAGGCCGACCCGCAGCCCUCUUUCAACUGGAGGAUGAGCAAUUCCCCAGCAUACCCGCUCUGGUUCACAGUUAUAUGACAGGCAGGCGCCCACUGUCCCAGGCCACAGGGGCUGUGGUCUCCAGGCCUGUGACUUGGCAGGGGCCUCUGCGACGCAGCUUUAGCGAGGACACCCUGAUGGAUGGCCCAGCUCGGAUACAGCCUCUCAGGGCAAGGAAGUGGAGCAACAGUCAGCCUGCAGAUUUGGCACAUAUGGGGCGGUCAAGAGAAGACCCCGCUGGGAUGGGAGCCUCCACCAUGCCUGUAUCUGCCUUGCCCCGAACGGGCAGUGACCCCGCGUUGCUGAAGGCCCCCGCUCCCCUAGGAACUGUUGCCGACAGUCUCAGGGCCUCCGAUGGGCAGCUUCAAGCCAAGGCACCAACAAAGCCCCCCCGGACACCCUCCUUCGAACUGCCUGAUGCCUCUGAACGUCCCCCAACGUACUGCGAGCUGGUGCCCCGAGUGCCCAGUGUCCAGGGAACAUCCCCGAGGCAAAGCUGCCCAGAGCCAGAGGCCCCAUGGUGGGAGGCCGAGGAGGAUGAGGAGGAAGAGAAUAGAUGUUUUACAAGACCACAGGCUGAGAUCUCUUUCUGCCCCCCUGAUGCCCCCUCCUGCCUGCUGGGCCCCCAGAAUCGGCCCCUGGAACCCCAAGUCCUGAAUACUCUCCGUGGCCUGUUCCUGGAGCACCAUCCUGGGAGCACCGCCCUUCACCUGCUAUUGGUAGACUGCCAGGCCACAGGCCUCCUGGGAGUGACCAGGGAUCAGCGGGGCAACAUGGGAGUCUCAUCUGGCCUGGAGCUGCUCACUCUUCCCCAUGGACACCGCUUGAGGUUGGAACUGCUGGAGAGGCAUGAGACACUGGCGCUGGCCGGGGCGCUGGCGGUGCUGGGCUGCUCGGGGCCGCUGGAGGAGCGCGCAGCCGCACUGAGGGGCCUGGUAGAGCUGGCGCUGGCGCUGCGGCCAGGGGCGGCGGGGGACCUGCCCGGGCUGGCUGCGGUCAUGGGCGCCCUGCUCAUGCCCCAGGUUCGUGGGGAGCAGGGACUGGAGGAAGCUGGAGUGCGGGUGACUGGGAAGACUGGAAAGGAGGCAUGCGCAGGUCUCUUCUCUCAGGUGUCCCGGUUGGAGCACACGUGGCGCCAGCUCCGAAGGAGCCACACGGAGGCUGCGCUGGCCUUUGAGCAGGAGCUAAAGCCGCUGAUGCGGGCUCUGGACGAGGGCGCUGGACCUUGCGACCCCGGCGAGGUGGCGCUGCCGCACGUGGCGCCCAUGGUGCGCCUGCUGGAGGGCGAGGAAGUCGCGGGGCCGCUGGACGAGAGCUGUGAGCGGUUGUUGCGCACCCUGCACGGGGCUCGUCACAUGGCCCGGGACGCACCCAAAUUCCGCAAGGUGGCAGCCCAGCGCCUGCGAGGUGAGCGUUCCCUCUGCGCUGGACUGCAGACUUCAGAGCACCCUGCAAGUUCUAACCGGAUCCCCCAAACCCAGCCUGUCCCAGGAGGGGAGCCUCUCGCCACGCCUCCCGGAGCCCCACCCAAACUGGGAUGGCUGCACUCCAGGAAGGUUCUCACCCCAAGCAAACGCUGCAUCCAGCGGUGUUGAUAGGAACAGGGCCUUCCACCUCAAAACGGGCUGCCCUGCCCCCAGAGCCACCUCCGCGGGUCCCCACUCUCCCUUCCCACCUAAGACGAUCCCGCCCCGCAGGGAUCUCGAUCCCCAAGAACGCCCUGCUCCCUCCAAAACGACUCCUCCCUCUUAUCCUAGGGCAGCCCACCCGGCAAGAUCCCCCACCUUCCCCGACAACCUGGGAUCCCGUCCCCGGGGCAGCCCCACGUCCAGCCACAGCCCCUAAGGCGGGACCCCCAGGAUCUGGCACCUGGAACAGGCCGCCCCCUUGCACUGCAGUAGAGCCCCUCAGGCACCCCACCCCCAUUCCUGCAGAGAGCUGGAAGCCCCCUCCCCUCUGACCCCGCCUAGUCAUCCCGCAGGUGGGGCAGGUCCUUCCCGGGCCCCUGUUGGGUCAAAGUCCUCUGGGGAGAGGAAGGUGCGGGGAGGUUGGGAGGGGCAAGGCGGGCGCCUGGGCCCAGCCCCCAGCCCACCUGACCUUGCUUCCAGGAUUCCGGCCUAACCCGGAGCUGAGGGAGGCCCUGACCACCGGCUUCGUGCGGAGGCUGCUCUGGGGUAGCCGGGGCGCGGGAGCUCCGCGCGCUGAACGCUUUGAGAAGUUCCAGCGCGUCCUCGGCGUCCUGUCGCAGCGCCUGGAGCCUGACCGCUGAGAGCGCAGAUACCCUUCUUCACACCCGGGACCCCCAGGUUUUUGCGAACCCCAGAAGAGACCAAAGAAGUCGUCCCAGGCUCCUCACACCUCAGGUGGAAUCCUGCCCUGUGCCUCACAGAAGAGGUGGGGAGCGCAGUCAGGGUCACCUGGGUCAUGGUGAACAUGUGACCUGCAGAUCUGGCAUCAGAGGCCAGAGUUCGAAUGUGACUCCACCUCUUAAAAGCCGUGAUUUCUAGCAGAUGACUUCACCUCUCUGUGUCUGCCUUUAACAAAAUCAUAGCGGUACAGCAGCUCAGGCCCAUAAUCUCAGCACUUUGGGAGGCCGAGGCGGAAGGAAGGCUUGAGGCCAGGAGUUCAAGACCAGCCAGGGCAACAUGGUGAGACCUCAUCUCUACAAAAACUGAAAAAUAAAAAACUCUUAAAAAAUGUAAAA